GGGAAUAUAAGUAAUUGUUUUUUGGAAAAAUUUUCCGUCGUUGUUUCGAUGUUUAUGGGCGAGCGUUGCGAGGCUGUAUCAAACUUGUGUUCGCUCUACAGAGCUUGUUUUUGCCGGGUUGUUUUGCAUACGAAUAAAAGGUGUCGAUUGUUCUUUGUUUGAAAAGCGAAUGGCCAAUUUGAAAGGGAAAAAAAAAGGAAAAAAACGACUUCAGACGUCCAAACAAUAUAAUUAGACAUAAUUACAUUUUCGCUAUGUUUGGAUUCGCUGACCUAGCUUUUAAUUUUGUCUAGUUUCCAGCUUAAACGGUUUUCACUCAGCAGGGGCAAUGGCACAUUGAUUCCGCCUACUUUCACGAAUUACGCACAAGGGUUGUCCGAUGCUAAAACCAUUGCGAUCGAAACCAGUUUCAUCGAUGAUAUCCGCUUGAUUGGCAGCUUGACAGGCAGGUGGGAUUUAAUGACAGUUGUCUUAAGAUACUAUCAAUAGUUCUGAUAUAAGUCACCUUGAAAAGCAUAGUUAUGUUCCAUCGUGUUGUUCAAAAGUGCCAGCUUGCAGCAUAAUCAACUGCGCUUUCUUUAUACGAAGCGGGACAUCACACAAACAUGCAACCGGAUUACAAUUCUUCAAGUCAUUGGUCCAGCCUUUCGCAGAACUGGUUUUACCCUCCAAUAAGUUCGUCCCCCUAUUUCGCCAUACCGCCAAGUCUACAUCCCGACUCCAUGAAAAACACUAGUCGAUUUUCUGAGCAGAUGCUUCACAAUCCCCCGGGAGACAAGCCUGCGACUCGAUCUCCUCAUCUAAACCCGUGUUUAUCUCCCUCUUAUCCGGCCUCAAACUAUGCACUCGGCGCCCGCGGGAGCAGCUAUUAUUCACGGAAUCCACUCCGUCAAGAUGUCUUGCUAACAGACCCAUAUCGACUGGUAGAACGAGGCGCAAUAAGUCCACACUUCAACCAGAUGUUCGAAAGAAAUGCCAAUUCAAGCAUUGAAGAUCCUCCUCGCCUGGAAGAAAGCGUUACUCGUCUCAUGGAAGAUAAAGUCAUAAGACCCCAACGAGGCCGCACCGUUUUUUCCGCUCAUCAACUGAACGAGCUGGAAAACGUUUUCGUCAUCGAUCAGUACAUCUCGGGACAGCAGAGAAGACGCCUUUCUGCUCAGCUUGGCUUGACAGAGACACAGGUACGAGUCUGGUUUCAGAAUCGCCGGAUAAAAUGGAGGAAGAACAAAAUGGAACGAAAGAUGAGGGCUUAGCGCUCAAAUUGAUAUGUCAAAAAAUGGUUGCCUGGCAAGCGUUCAUGCACAAAGUGCAAACAAUCAUUAGGUUGUUUUAGAAAGAAGAUUUCUUUGAAAAGAAAUAUCACCUGCCCCUCAAUUGCCAUUAGUGAGUU